GCCCGCUACGCUGGUUAGACAGCUCUAACAAUAGCGGACUUUACCGGGGGUAAACUGGGGUAGCUAAGCUAGCUAGCUAGCGCAGUUGGUACUGAACGUUGAAGAUCGCUGUUUCCCAAUUGAUUUAUAGACAAAUACGCACAUUUAAUGCUUUAACUUUAUGUUUUUAUAGAUGCUUGUAGUCAAAACGUAACCUUACUCAUGAUUUAAAAUAAUGUCACCGGUUUAUUAAUGUGUUACUCAAAGCGAUUUGACCGUUUGGUGUACUCGGUAUAAGGCACCGUAAGUUACCUGCGUGUAUGACAUACGGGCUAAGCCCCCGGUUGUAAGUUAAACCCCCCGUCGUGCCCUCACACCAAACCCGGUGUGUGUAAACGCUUGGACCGCGGUGCCUCCCCAGACCAGACUGUAGUGUGUAGACAGUGAAUGUCAUUAUCAGCGCUGUCUGCAUACCAGUGCCGUCGUGGCGAGCCAGCAGAGAGAGGAGGCGAGGAAGCAGAUCAGAACAUAGAAAACUUCCGUCACCAUCAUGCAUGUGUCUAACUACCAGAAGAUUUGUGUCAUUUGAAAAGACUUAAGGAGGAAAAAAAAAAAGACUCAGAGGAAUACAAGAACUCAAUCAGCAGACAGAAACGACAAUAACACAGUGCUUAGACAUGGCCAGCACCCAGACCAGUUUGAAAACCCCUUUCAAAGACUUGACCUCAUUCAAGGGCAACAUGAAACGGUUGUACAGAGAGCGACUGGAAGACGCGCCCAUCAAGAAGCGAGUGAUGGCGGAGAUUAACCUGAAGCGUCGCAGCUUGGAUUCCUUCCCCAAAACUCCCAAGGUGAAGAGGGAGCAGAUCGACGACCUGCGCAUUGACUCUGACAUGGACGUGGAGGGUCGGGCUGAACUACACGUUGUGGGCUCUGCUAAAGCCCUGGACCUGAGCCCUGGGCUCAAACACACACUAGCUCAGUUCACCCUCAGCAGCCAGAGCUCCCUCGGGGGCCCAGCUGCUUUCUCAGCCCGUACCGGCCACGAGCAUUCCCCCGCCGGCAUGCCUCCUCUACCCUCCCCUCCUGUUCUGGGAGGGGGCCCUCUGCUGGUUCCCUGCGACAGCUCCACUGAACUCACCCACUCACUGCUGGAAGGAGAGUCUAUCUCCUGCUUCGUCGUGGGGGGAGAGAAGCGGCUCUGCCUGCCCCAGGUGCUCAACUCCGUGCUCCGCGACUUCUCGCUGCAGCAGAUCAACACUGUGUGUGACGAGCUCUACGUCUACUGCUCACGUUGCGACGCGGAGCAGCUGCACAUCCUUAAGGUGCUGGGCAUCCUGCCGUUCAACGCACCUUCCUGUGGCCUCAUUACACUGACGGAUGCACAACGUCUGUGCAACGCUCUGCUGCGUCCUGGGGCGGCUUUGCCUGCCGACCCCAGCGGUAAGCUGUCGGCCCAGGGCCUGCUGAAGGAGAGCGAAGCCAGCUUCCAGGUGGAACACCAGUGUCUGGGGAAGUGCCAGGGUCUCUUUGUGCCCCAGUUCUACACCCAGCCCGAGGCGCCCUGCAUCCAGUGCAUCGAGUGCCAUUUGCUCUUUUCACCACAGAAGUUUGUCAUGCAUUCACACAAGUCACCUGAUAAGAGGACCUGCCACUGGGGCUUUGACUCAGCCAAGUGGCCCUGCUACCUGCAGCUUGCCAGGAAGUACCAGGGUAUGCCCGAGGAACCCAAGCUCAAGCAGCUCCUGGACGAGGUCAAAGAGAAGUUUCACUACCAGCUCAAGAGGUCGCUAGACAAAAAGGUAGUGGAGGAGGAGGAGAGCCAGGUGAGGAAAUCUUCGGCAGAUCUCUGCUCCCCCAGCGGCAAGUUGGAAGAUGCAGACCCAGCGAGAAAGGGUAAAACUUCACCUACUCUGGUGUUUAACCGACUUUUCUCGGACAUCAAGGAGGAGCCAGGACACCCCACCCUGGUCCACCCCAGUUACUACCUGUACACAUACGAUAAGAUGGUGGCUCCCAACGUGUCACUGCGGAGGGAGGCGGAGAUGAGCCCCGAGAUGUUCGGAGCGCUCCUCAAACACCACUACAGCCGCAGAGUGCUGGGCCACGACGAGCCACCCAUGGAUCUUCACGCGUCGUCUCCCGUUGCUGCUGGCGCCGAGGAGGCCAAAUCCCAACGUGCCGCGACUGCCUCGGCCACCGAGCGGGAAUGCCAAACCCAGGCAGUUUCCAUGGAGACAAGCAGCCCGAGCUGCAAGAAAGCCACCCACACCCCCGCCCACACCCCUCCUCCUCCUCCUCCUCCUCCUCCUCCUGCUCCUCAUGCGUCGUUGUUGUCGCCGGUAACGGAAGUAGCGGCUAAGGACACGGGCUGUGCCACGAGCGGUGCUGCAGUGGUGGUGGGGGGGCUGGAGGACGACAAGGACAGGAUUGUUGUGGAGAUCAUGCAGAUGUACAGCAGGCAGCAGGAGAAGCUCAACUCCACCCUGCACAAGCAGCUGCAGCUGGAAAUGGAGCUGGAGGCGUUGCGCGGGGGCGAGGCGGCCAGGCUACGGGAGCUGAGCGCCGAGCAGCGAGAGCUUCGCUGUGAGCUGGAGGCGGUGCACAGCGAACAGGCACGGCAGCUCAGCCAGGCCCGCCAGGAACAGCUGGAGCUGGAGACCCGUCUGGAGCAGCUCCGACAGCAGGCCUGCGCCUGCGAGCCAGGGGCACAACGCCAGCAAGAGGCCCACUACGCUGCACAGUUGUCGGAGCUGCGUCAGAGGCUGGAGCGGGCGGAGGCGGACCGGCAGGAGCUGCAGGAGGAGCUGCGCAGAGAGCGGGAGGCGCGGGAGAAGCUGGAGCGCACAAUUACCCAGCUCAAGCAGCAGAUGGCCCAGUCUGGAACGGUGGGAAGCAGCCCCUCUCCUCCACUUACCCCUUCCACCGGACCCCCAAACGCCCACUCCCCGCCCUCCUCCUCCCCUUCCUCCAUCUCAGAGGCCCCAGCGGCUGGCCACAAGUAACUGCCGGCCCCUCUAGGCGCCUCCCUCCCUCCCUUCAUUCCUCUCCUCAUCACCCGCCAACUCUACAGACACAAACAAAUCAGCCUGAAGCAGAAAGGAGCGUCACGUCUCCUCAGGCUGCUUUUUAAGUUGUGCAUCUCGCCCUGAUCCCUUUUAUUUCAGUGUAGGACUGACUUUUUUUGUAAUUUAACAUGACUUAAAAGACAAGUUUUAU